AAAUUUUGAAACAUUCCUCAAAAAUCUAUGUGAAAAUAAAACUUUGUUGUUUUCUGUAUUAAUUAAAUAACUAAAUACACAGUAAUUGGCUCUAAAAAUAUACAGCGAUAUAUAGUACAAUGAUUGAACUAUCAGCCAAAUUAUCUACGGGAACAGUGUACCUCGCUGGCGAAGCUAUUGAAUGUUGCAUUACUUUCAGCCACACAACUCAACCUGAACACAGGAAUUCCCAAAGCCACAGUGAUAUAUUAGAGAAUCUAGCUUGGGCAUCAGCCCAGAUCCAUUGUUUUUAUUCAACAUCAGGCAGUUCUGGUGAAAAAACUCCUACUGUCGAGAAGACCACCUCCUUAGAAGUCACAUCAUGUGACAUUGGAGAUGUAGUAUUUAAUACAAAACCAAAAAUAUUAUUUUGUGACCUCACCAUCCCACUUGGGGAUUCGAAAACCUUCUGGUACAGAGAGUCUUUGCCAAUAGAGGCCCCACCAUCAUACCGUGGCACUUCAGUCAAAUAUUCAUACAAAAUCACAAUAGCCACACAAAAAGUGAACUCUCACAUAAAAAUGGUGAGAAUACCUUUCAGAGUGUUACCAAUCAGCCCUAUAGUGAACAUGCAGGACCUGGCCAAUCUUUGUGGGAAUGAAACUACUGAGGAGUUGCAGCCAACAAAUCCAUUUUCUGAAGAAAGAAAAGUUGAAACUCCACUUUCUAUGGCUUUGCAAGUUUUACAGAAUCUCACAGCAAGAAGAAGUCCCAACUCGUAUAUGAUUACAAAUACACGAGGCAAAGUGGGUCGGUUUUGCCUUUUCAAGUCAGCUUACAAACUUGGAGAGGAUAUUGUGGGCACUUUCGACUUCUCUGUUGGGACUGUAACUUGCAUGCAGGUAUCAGUGUCACUACAACCUGAGGAGAUUUUAAACACCAGCUCUCCAGCAAAAGUGACAAAGACACCGACAAGCAAAGACACAUCUAGCAGAUCUAUGACUGUGGCCAGAUACCAUGAGGUCACUGUUGGCCUCACACACUCCCAGCUGAUCCUGGCUAUACCCCUGCAUAUUACACCAGCUUUUGAAGCAGAGCAAGUAAGUUUAAGAUGGCGUCUCCACUUUGAGUUUGUAACUACAAAUGAGAAGCUUCUCCCCAACACUGAAGACAGCAACUGGAAUGCCCCUCUCAACGUGCCCAUAGAGACCAUGGUGUGGAACCUUCCAGUGAAGAUAUACUCCACACUGCCCAAACAAAUCACUCAGCAUACAGUGGGCAUGGAUGCUUACACUAUGUAUCUGAAAUAAGUUGUUGGUAUCCAACAUAAGAAUAACUAGUAGGUACAAAUAUUAACGAAACACUAAUAAUAAAGGCUAGGAAGAAGAAUAAGAAGAAUUGAAAAAAUUGAUAACAAUUUUCUAUGUAUUCUAAAUCAAUACACUAUAGUUCUCAGAUGUCUUUUAAAUUAUAAUAGUUUUAUGUUUGUAUUUAUACUUAUUUUUA